AUGACGGCAGAGUUGGGAGAAAUGGAAGGAAAAAACAAAUUCGUAGAAGGCGUGGAAUGCAAAACCGAAGCAGAGCCAGGAACGAUGGUGAGAGCGCAAGCAAGAGAAGGGCCAGAGGCAAUGAGAAAGCCGGUGCUAGAAUACCUAGAUCGGCUGGAAAGGGCGGGCGUGGUUAGGGGGGGUGAGUCAAGGUGGAGAAGUCCAACAAAGUUUGUACCCAAGCCGGAUGGGAGGAUGGGACCAGCCAGUCAAAUGAUGGCGUUGAACGGCCUAAUGGAAAAGGGGCACGUACACACUGCUGAAAACGAAGAGGAUACUGCAGAGAGUGGAAGGGUUGGCGUGGUUUACGUUGAUAGACUUGGGAGACGGAUACUGGCAAACACAGGCACGGGGAGAAGACAGGCACAAGACGGCGUU